AUGAAGUCUGAUCUAAGUCCGGAUCAUGCUCUAUCCGAGCCUUGCCGGCAAUCGAAAACGAUGAUCGCAAGCGAAGAUACCCUACUAGAGACAACGUUGCUUGCGCCUCUGGACGAGACGGAUUACAAGACGACACGAAAUAAUUUCGAGAUUACUGGGCUAUACACAUCAGCAACCUCAACCCGUAAGGCAUUGCAAGCCGAUACUGUCACGAAUCACGCCAGAGAUUGGAUGCCUCAGCCCAUUGCUCAAGAUGGCUCGGAGCAUAACACCACCACAAAUGGCCACGUCCAUCCAACGGAACGAACGCCACUGAUGCCGGCCGCAUCAACACUAAUAGAUCCCCUCAUCGCCGACGCCGAAAGUACUGAGCCCAACGGCCACCUUGGAAAUGGAGUCCCCAACAGCCAUAUUAACAGCACCAGCAACGGCACCACGAACGGCCAUCCGAAGCCCCGGGCCAAAAUCCCCACCGACCAGCACACAGCCGCAGCACAGUCCUUGACAAGGACCCGCGCCCUCCUAACCGGGCUAUCCCUCGCCCUCCUAAUCUUCCUCCAAGCAACCAACAUCAGCCUCCUCACCACCACCCAAUCCAACAUAGCAUCAGACCUACAAGUCUACGACAAAACAACCUGGUUCACCUCCUCCUUCCUCAUCACCAUGUCCGCGCUCUCCCCCCUAAACGGCAAACUCGCCACGAUUUUCCAGCCGCGCUGGUGUAUCUUCGCGAGUUCGUUAAUCCUUGCCAUCGGCGCGGGGAUCUGUAGUAUAGCGCGGAACUUCACAGUUUUCGUUGCCGGGAGGGCGAUGCAGGGCGUGGGCGCAAGUGGUGUGUUUACGAUCAGUAUUGUAAUUGUGCUCGAACUUUCCGGGUCGAAGAGACGAGGCAUAGCGAUCGGUCUGUUGAAUUCCGGCUACACCGUUGGUGUAGCCCUCGGCGCCGUACUCGCCGGCGCAUUAGUCGACACGAUCGGCUGGCGGGCACUUUUCUGGCUUCAGGCCCCGGUCGCUGUAAUCGGUGGCAUCGUCCUACUAGCAGCCAUCCCGCACGACUUCCGCGCCGGAAGCGCCGCUCCGAACUCCACCCCCAAAGACGCCCACAACGACGGAAUCCAGAAACCGACACCCACGCCCCUUCAACGCCUAGCUUCGCUGGAUUACCUCGGCGCAGCAACCCUAACCACAACUCUCAUCCUCCUCCUCUACUCUCUCUCCUCCCCCUCCGGGAUCCCACUCCUCCCGCUCCUGCUCUCCGGCCUCGUGUUGACAACCUUCAUCCUAAACGAACUCUACCUAACCGCGGACCCCAUCAUCCCCCUCACCCUGCUCCGCUCCCGGGGUCUCCUUCUGACCUGUCUCGGAACCCUAGGCUACAUGCUCGCCCGCUGGACAGUGUUAUUCUACACCCCGACCUACGCCCUCGCAGUCCGAGGCUGGAGUCCCGCGACCGCUGGUUCAAUCUUGAUCCCCACGAACGCCGGGUUCGCAUUAGGUGGCUUAGCGGUGGGGUGGUUGCACAUUACGCGGCCCGGGUCGUACUGGUUACCCUGCGUAAUCGUGUAUGCUCUCUUCCCCAUCACACUCCUACUACUAGCAGGCCUCUGCACGGAGAAUUCCUCUCCAGUCCUUUUCGUAUUGGUAGUCGGGGCGUGUGGAGCCGUGACGGGCGCGGCGUUGAACUACACACUCGCACAUCUACUGCAUCUGACGCCGAAGCGGACGCAUUAUAUCGCUACCUCCCUCCUGGCCACUUUCCGUGGUUUCGCUGGAUCCUUCGGGUCGGCGAUCGGAGGUGGCAUCUUCACUCGAAGAUUAUAUUCUUCGCUCGAGUCGGGCUUCGCGGAACACGGGUUUAAGGGCAGAGAGGAUCUGGUACGAAGACUUCUCGGCUCGCCAGGGCUUGUGAGGGGGCUGCAGGGCGUGGAGAAGGAGGUCGCGAUCAAGGGGUAUGAGGAUGCCUUACGCACGCUUUUCUUAGCUGGGGCGGGACUAGCGUUAGUGACGGUGAUCGUGCAGGCUGGGACUGGGUGGAAGCAGGCGAAGGAGGAUAGAGUUACUGCUGAGGAGGAGGAGGAUGAGCAGGAGGCAAGACAGGCGCUUCUGAGCGAUGAGAGGGAGGACGAGGAAAGACGGAGAGCAGAAGUGUAG